GGAUCACUCAUACUGAUAAAGGGAAGAUGAGGCGAUAUUCAGAACGGAAAUACGGACGGAAGAAAGCUGUAGGAAGAAGCACAACUUUCGUCAUUUACAAUAGCAAAGUGCAAUUAUAUACCGGCAUAUGACGAUGGGAUGGGGCUGCCGACCCAUUAAGACCAGGCUUUUGAGCAUGUUGUGGAAAGAGGAUACAUUCUGACUCCAGUUAGGCAAAAAUCCGACCAGAGCCAACCGACAGCAUCACAGCCAUGGAGCCAUUUGUUGCAGUUUGACUUUAUGCAAUGAAAGAAGCGGAAAAACAAAAUGUAUAAACACGAAUCUCUACUGAAGAGCAAUGAAGCACAGCAAGUUGUCACUGUCACAAAAACAUCUGUGUCCUUUGCAAUAACCAGCGUCACAAUUUGUUUUAUUAUGCUUCACUUCUGUCCGAGUCAACUCAGAGCACAGCUCGGGACAACCCCCAACAUUAAACACAUUGUGGUUGGGAGGUGUUACACUUACACCACACUAGUUAACCCCAGCUUAAGGUAUGACUGUGAGGAGAUCUGGAGGCAGUUUGAGGAGGCUGUUAUCAGUCAUUCUUCUUGCAAUGUGACCGUCGAGGAUUAUUUUCACAUGUUUAACUCAAUGCCACAAAUCUGGCCCUGUGAUAACUUCCUCUUCUGGAGUAAAACCAGGACACUGAUGCACAGCUAUGCUGCAGUUUUUCGUCACUUCUGGACACUGGAAGACACGCUGGUUGGCUACAUGUUCAACGACCUCAUCUGGUGUGGCCAAGAAGAGGAUUCUGGUUUUGAUUUCAGCUCUUGUCCAGAGUGGUCGGCCUGUCGAAGUCAUCCGGUCUAUUCCCUGUGGAGGCAAGCUUCACAAAAUUUUGCAGAGAUGGCGUGUGGCAACAUUACUAUCUUACUGAAUGGAUCUAUUGUUAAUGCCUUCAAUAGGAAAAGCAUGUUUGGAAGUGUUGAACUGGACAGCCUGGAUCCACAAAGGGUGAAUUAUGUCAACAUUAAGGUGGUGACCAGUCUAGACGGACCCCAUAUAGAGUCAUGUAGUCAAGGAUCCAUUGUAGACCUGAUCCAAAUCCUCCAAUCCAGAGGCUUUCACUGGACCUGUACAGACAAUGACCAGACCUUGAUGAUCUUGCAAUGCAUCCGGAACCCGCAACACUCAUCCUGCCAGACAUAUGCAAACACUUUGUUAAACAGAAACAGCCUUACAUCUGAUUAAAUCACAGAGCUGCUGUAAAAUCUAUAUCUUUCAAAGUAAAAGUUUUGCGUACCCACUACACUUCACUGAUCUGUCAGUACUGCUGUGACUUCAUUAGAAACGUUAGUACAUUUGUAGAAUUAAAACCUGCGAGUUAAUCAGUGUGCUCCAGUCCCCUCUGUCAUGUUACGGCUGUGUGCAGACAGGAAUAGGACCCAAGGUGCAGACUCUGGAGACAGUCAU